AAGUCCCGCCCCCUCCUAUGGGAUUAUGGGAAUUGUAGUUUUUUGUAGCGUGUGCCUUCAAGUGCCAUUUGGGGCAGAUAGAUGUUUCGUCGCGCUGUGGUUGCUCCUUUGGGGCGACUUUCUUUAAUGGAAGGCACUCGCUGGGCCUUUGCCUGCUCUGCCUGGGCCCCUGGGCGCCAGGAGUGGCUGCUGGCUAUGCGCCUCAUUCAGCCCGAAGAGAAGCAGCGCCUGGCACAGUUUGCCUUCAACCGAGAUGCCAAGGCGGCGAUGGCUGGCCGUCUGCUUAUAAGGAAAUUAAUUGCAGAAAAACUGAAGGUUCCUUGGAACAAAAUACAGUUGGAAAGGACUUCAAAAGGCAAACCUGUCCUCGCCAAUGACUUAAGCAGCACUGAUGCCAAUUUCAGCUUCAAUAUUUCCCACCAAGGGAAUUACACUGUUCUUGCAGCUGAACCUGACUGUCAGGUUGGCAUUGAUGUUAUGAAGACCAGCUUGCCAGGAAGUGGUUCAAUUCCUGAAUUCUUUCGUAUUAUGAACCGACAGUUUACAGAGGAGGAGUGGAGAGUAAUCACAUCCAUGAACAAUGAAUGGCUUCAGUUGGACAUGUUUCAUAGGCACUGGGCAUUAAAAGAGAGCUUUAUCAAAGCCAUUGGAGUUGGAAUAGGUUUCAACCUUCAAAGGAUUGAAUUUAAUGUAUCCCCAGUGCAGUUGGAAGUGGGAAAAACAUAUACUGAGACAAUUAUGCUCUUGGAUGGUGAAGAGGAAAAGGAAUGGACUUUUGAGGAAACCCGAUUAGAUGAUUAUCACCAUGUUGCAGUUGCUCUAGGAAAACGAAGAGGGUUUGACAAGAAACAUGUUGAGAACCAUGUUGACUUCAGCAAAUGUGAAGGUGCUUACUACAGAUGUGAUUCAGCCUUCAUUUACAGAACUGACUUUUGAAGAUUUAGUAGCCUCUGCUGUUCCUCUUGCACCUGAAGACCCCACCUGCUGGGAUAACUUUUGUUCUAGGCAGGAGUCACCAGCAGGACAGAGUUCUAAUCCAAGAUAAGAGAAGAUAAAAGAAGCUUUGUUUACAAGAAAAGAAGCUGAAAGCACUCAAAGGCCUCCCACUGUUGCUCUUCCAACAGCCAAUUUAUGUAGAAAGGGAGGGGAGAAAUGCUUGGGAGGGAAAAAAUGUUAAAAUUACCUUUCAUGUUCAGUAUUUUGGCUCUUCUUUAUGGGUUAAUUUCCUUUUAAUAUAGUUUCCUCCCCAAGAGUAAAUUCAGAAGAGAAACAGGCAGAAUUUUUUUUGCUUUCAGGCCAAGUAUGCAUAAUUAUCAGGCUGCUGAGUUCUUUCUAUAAUGAAGGAGUUGGCAUAACCCUACCUUCUGCCAGACAUCUUCUGCAACAUCUACCACAAGGAAUUCACACCUAUGGCGUUGUAUGCAACAAUCCUAUUCAUGCAGCGUUUCACCUGCUCCAAGCAAUCAUACAUUUGGCAGUACCCAAGAAGCCUUCAUAUAGUUAUGGGAGCUGCAUAGGAGAAUAACACAUGCCCACUCCUCCAUGAAAAGAAAGAUCAUAGUGUAUAAUGAAUUUUAUUUCUUUUGGAAAUAAUUUAUAAUUAUAAUUUCUGGCUUUAAAUUGUUGCCCCUCCAAUUUCUCUGCCACCAUCACCAUCUCAGCUAUGAGAUACAAAUUAGAGAAAGAGGGGGAAUAGCCCUUUUCUUAUAGUACCUGGUGGUCCAAGAAAUGUUCAAGAAAACAAGAGUUUUCUAGUGACACCUUAUAAAGCAGAAAUAAAGACAAACAGACUAUUGAUGGUAUUAGAACAGCCAGACUUUGGUGUAUGUCUGUAUAUAUAAAUUCCGGUAAUUGGUUGGGAGCCACUGUCAGAUGCUGGAUACAUAAAAACUAAAUGGAGAAAAAUCUAGCAGUAAAAAGUAAAUGGAGAUCCAUAGUUUUAGGAGAUGACAAGAACAGGGGCAACUAAUUCAGGGAAAGGUAAGAUGUGGGGUUAGUAGAACACUUAGCCAUUAUUGUACUCUGCACAUCUGAAGGAGUUUGGAUUUUUUUCCAAAAUGAAAUUCAGGCUUGUAUGUAAAAGAUACUGUUUAAAUCUGUGAGAUUCUAUUGUUGCCUGUUUUGGAGUAGAUCCUUCAGAGCGUCCAGUUUUGGCAAGGUCAAGCCAAGUUGGAGAGGUGCAGUUCAAGUGAGAAAUCUUUUUCUGGCAGAAGCACUCACUUAUCAGCAAUGGUCUAAACUAACAUCCAAGGCUGACUCCUGUUAAAAUUCAUUUUCUGCGAUCCUAGAAAAACACUGCCAAUUAUUGAAGACUACAAUGGACUAGCAGAUUGUUCUGACACAAGAGACAUUAGCUUCUUCAUAAUUUCAGCAUUCUGGAUAGACCAUCAGGAGUAAAAGACUCAUUCUCUUACAUUCCUAGGUCCCAUAAAGUCUUUUAUUAUCCUUGUUCAGCAGUCUUUCCCAGGAUGUAUGCUUCACAGUGGACAUUUCACUAUGACCGCCAUUAAUUGCUAAAUCAGAUGCCAUAACCAAGCAUAAAAGGUGCAUUUUUUUAAUCUCAUUGUCUAGGAUUUAUUUCUGUAGUUUAUCUUCAGAGAUCUACAUUGAUGCCUGCUGUGCAAACUCCUCUGUGUUGUGUGCCUUCAAGUCAUUUCUGACUUUGACAACCCAGUCAUGGAGUUUUCUUGGCAAGAUUUAUUCAGAAUGUGUUAACCAUUAGCUUCUUGAGAUUGAGAGAGUGUGAUGACAUGCUCAAGGUCACCUAGUGGGUUUCCAUGGCUGAGCAGUAAUUUGAACCCUGGUCUCGCAGAAUCCAAGUCCAACACUCAAACCACAACACCAGGCUGGCUCUGUUUCCUUUACUUCUAAGAGUUUGUAAAAGCUGAGUUGAGAUCAAAGAAGAAUCUUCAGUUUCUUGGAAAGAGCAAAUUUUGCCAGAGGUUGCAAUUUGUUGCAUUAGUGCCCUCCUCUAGCUGCUAUCUGUAUGGAGGUUUUGCUUUAGGGUUCGUUGACCAUGUCCAUUCACAGGAAAAGAAAUGAGCUGUGUGAAAGACUAUGUGCUACUUAGCAUUUGGCUAGUCACAAUAGAUUCAGUUUCCCCCCUUUAUUGUGAGGGACCAUGUGUGAUGUUUUAUGGGUGACCAUGUGAACAGCAGCCUGUUAGAAUUGCAGAUGAUAAGGUAACUAGCCAGUAUAUUUGCCAUAAACUGCCUUACCUUCAUUCCAGGUUAUGAGGGGAUUUAUGGCUCAGUAAUCUGCAUGUUUGAAUUCCAAGAUCAAUCAACACCCCAGUUAAAAAUAGCAAUAUGAUUCCUCUCCUUGUCUUCAGUUAAAUUGUUGAAUUAAUUUGGCGGGGGGGGGGGGAGUCAUUCUUGAUGGGGUGAGCAACUAUUGGAAGCUGGGAGGUUGCUACAGCCCUUCAAGGGACUUUGGAAAACCACACAAAAACAAUUCAAAAAAAUAAUUUUGCUCCCAAGUGCCCCAUCCAAAACUCUAUGAAAGUGUAGGGGGAUUUUGCCACAUUUUCACCUCCUAGGCCACUUUUGGCCCAAGAGGCUUUUUCUUUUAUUUAUUUAUUUUAACAAGUUGACCUAAAAGUUGAUUCUUGGGGGCUACUUUUGUUUGUUUUAAAGGUUUUUCCUGGACAAAAAAAGGAUCCAGGGGAGUUCCAAAGUGUUUUUGUGUGUGUGUGUGUGCGCGCGUGUGCACACUCGUGUGCACAUGUGUGAAUUAUGUCAAGCCAUGGUGUUUGGGAGAAAACUAUUUUUUGGCAAUAAACUAAGACGUACACCUUGCCCAGUUCUUGGCUAUGGGUUCAGUCAUUUGACUCCGAAAAAGAUACUGGGUUUAGGACUUUUCCACUUUAAGUGUAACAGUUGGAUCCUGACUUAAUCACUUUGUGUCAGUGCUUUUAAAUCAAAGGAAUGUAAUAAAUUCCUGGUGGGUCUUGGGAUUCUAGUAAAACCCAAAUGCAUCCUACAAAGAUGAACUAUGCCCACCUACCAACAGGAGCUGGUAGGUUCAGUAUUUAGACAAUUCCAUAAUUUUUAAUGUUAAUCAGUCUAAACAGCUUCCCUAAAUUGUCAUACAUCAAUAGAACUGGAUUUUGAAUGUGUCUUGUACAUUUGAGACAGCUUUUCUCAGGAGAGGUUUCUCUUAGCUAAGUUUUCCAAGUCACUGCAGUUGUCUUGCUUCUUGCAAAUCUUUUAAGAUGUUUAGUUUCUCAUUGCACACACUGAUAAUUUAAACCACAAUGCACUGAAGCUGUAAAUCUUUUCUUUGCAGAAUACAGUAGUUAAGCUGGAUGAUUCUGUAACUCUAAAUUCAAAACUGCACACAAUGAUAGAAUAGCUUUAGUUUAAAAUUCAAAGGCCUCUUAUUCAAAGUCAAGCAUCUUAAAUGAGGAAGUGGCCUUUUAGAACAUGUUACUGUUUGUCAUUGUAUCUUUAAUACUGUCACAGUACACAGCUUUUUAAAUUUAAAUGCAUAAAAUAUUAAAUGUUAGUAAAGUGGUUUAAAACGUUGGAAUAAAUAUAAAUAUUUUAUAUUUUUAA